ACCUUCUUCUCCUUAUCAUCUACGCUAGAUUUCGUUUUUCCUCGUCCACGCAGAUUUGAUUUGGCCAAUGUAGCUGCUUUCUUGCGUGUCUUUUACAUCGGCCAUUUGGGAGUCUAUGUGCUGGAAUUCCUCCUCGGAUGCAUUAGGAUCGAGUUUUUCUUCAUUCCGUAGUAGGUAGGGAUUCCGAUCCCACCGGAUUUCUAGGGUUUUAACCCCGACAGUUGUCCACAAUUAGUUCCAUGGACGGUCGUAUCGGUUUCGCAGUUUCUACCUACUGAUCACUUCUACUAUCCAUAUGGAUGUAGAUUCUAGGGAUGCCUAUGGAUUUACGGUGAGGCCCCAACACUUACAGAGAUAUCACGAGUAUGCAAAGAUCUACAAGGAGGAGGAAGAAGAGAGAUCCAAUCGGUGGAAGGAUUUCUUGGACAGAAUCUGUGAAUCAAAAGAGGGGGUAACUAAAGAUUCUUCAGUAGAUGAGAGUCUUGGAGGAGCAAAUAAUGUUGCAGGCGCAGAGGGCAAUCAGAAUGGAACUGGUAACCACGAAACCUUGGAAGAGGUAGCUGCUAAGAAUACCAGUGAAGCGAGGGCUCACAAAAUCCAAAUAUGGAGUCAGAUAAGGCCAUCAUUAAGUGCUAUUGAAGAGACGAUGAGCUAUCGAGUGAAGAAAAGAAGAAGACCUUAUAGUGAUGGAGAAGUUACCGGAAGCAAUGGAACCUUUCCGGCUUUGAAUGAGCAGAACAAAGGUGUGCCCAGGUCAGCUAGAGGUGCAUCUGAAGAAGAAUCUGAGGAAGAAUUUUAUGAUGUUGACAGACCAGAAUUAGUUCAAGAAGCAUCAGGGGGUGCCGAUUUGCCUACCGACGAUGCUCCUUCCUUCCCUUGGAAAGAAGAGUUGCAAAGCUUGGUUCGUGGGGGUUUGCCAAUGGCUCUAAGAGGGGAGUUGUGGCAAGCCUUUGUGGGUGUGCGAGCCCGUAGGGUCUCAGGAUAUUAUGAUGGCUUACUAUCUACAGAAGCAGACACAGAGAAUGGAAAUGCAAGUGAUCAUGAAACCUCCAACUCAAAUGACUCUGAGUUGUCAAAAGCAACUCGACGAUGCAUCCCUGAGAAGUGGAAGGGACAGAUUGAGAAGGAUUUGCCACGAACAUUUCCUGGGCACCCUGCUUUAGAUGAAGAUGGGAGGAAUGCUUUGAGGCGCCUACUAACAGCUUACGCGCGACAUAAUCCAUCAGUUGGAUAUUGUCAGGCCAUGAACUUCUUUGCAGGCUUGUUGCUACUGCUGAUGCCUGAAGAGAAUGCAUUUUGGACUUUGGUUGGUAUUAUUGAUGACUACUUUGAUGGUUACUAUUCUGAGGAAAUGAUUGAAUCUCAGGUGGAUCAACUAGUUCUUGAGGAUCUGAUUCGGGAAAGGUUUCCAAAAUUGGUAAAUCACCUGGACUACCUGGGCGUUCAGAUUGCAUGGGUUACUGGACCUUGGUUCCUUUCAAUUUUUGUAAAUAUGCUUCCUUGGGAAACUGUGCUGCGUAUUUGGGACGUGCUUCUUUUUUAUGGAAAUCGCGUUAUGCUAUUCCACUCAGCUCUUGCAUUGAUGGAGUUAUAUGGUCCUGCACUGGUCAUGACAAGAGAUGCUGGAGAUGCAGUUACUUUGUUGCAAUCCCUUGCUGGUUCUACCUUUGACAGCAGCCAACUUGUCUUGACAGCUUGCAUGGGUUUCCAAGCUGUCAGUGAGAUGAAAUUGGAAGACUUGAGGAAAAAACAUAGACCUGAAGUCUUAGCUGUCAUGGAGGAAAGGUCCAGAGGCCUUCGUGUUUGGAAGAACUCUCAGGGCCUUGCAUCUAAAUUGUAUAGUUUUAAGCGUGGUCCAGAGUCAUUACAUGCAGAAACUGACUCCAAGGUUGGAUCAGGUGAACUUCAAAUCAAUGAGUCAAUUGAGGGAUACAAAAGUAGCUUAGCAGUUGAUGGCGAGUCAGAUUCUGUGCCUGAUCUCAAAGAACAGGUGAAAUGGUUGAAGGUUGAGUUAUGCAGAUUGCUGGUUGAGAAAAGAUCAGCUGCUCUUAGAGCUGAGGAGUUGGAGACAGCAUUGAUGGAGAUGGUCAAACAGGACAAUAGACGUCUUUUAAGCGCCCAGGUUGAGCAGCUGGAACAGGAAUUAUUGACAUUGCAGCAAGCUCUGGUGGAGAAACAAGAAGGAGAAAAUGCCAUGCUUCAGGUAUUAAUGAGGCUGGAGCAGGAACAAAAAGUGACAGAAGAUGCUCGCAUGUUAGCUGAGCAGGAUGCUGCUUCUCAGAAAUAUACAGCACACAUGCUUCAGGAAAAGCAUGAAGAGAUUAUGGUUGCACUUGCAAAUAUGGAAAAAAGGGCUGUGAUGGCAGAGUCAAUGUUGGAGGCAACGAUACAGUAUCAGUCAGGCCAUGCUAAAUCUCAAGAACCGUUGCCUUCGCCAAGCAGGAAAGCAGGCUUGCUCUCUAGACCAUUUGGACUUGGCUGGCUUGACAAGAAAAAGGGCAAACCAGAAGACACCAAUGAAGGUAAAAGCCCUUCUGACGUCGUACAGCAGCAGAGCCCCACAUCUCAGGGUGAUACCGGUGGUCUUCAGCCAUCAGAUGAAUAGCAGACGUUGGAUUAAUUUGUACGACUUCUCUGCUUCUCGUUCACUACUUUGCAUACCCUUUACUUGGUAAUCAUACGGACGUUCUCUUCACAGAAAACUCUGGGUGGUUACCAUUAUUGUAAUCAAAUCAAGAUGAAUGCGGUUGUACUUUGUCAUCGACAGUCUAUGAAGAGGUCAUUUUUUUUCUCUCCA